GCAAUCUGCCAGCACAACUACUGUGAAGGAGGAACCCGAGGAAAGAGAUACAAGAUAAACUAGGAGAAGUGGAAAGAAAGAAGUUUUUUUUUUCCCAGAGUCAGGAGGACAAAACUGUAAAGAGUGGAGGAGACAAUAACCUGAGAACAAACAACAGAAAGAGGGAGAGGAGGAGGAAACGAAACGACCGAAUCAAAACCUGGACAAGUAACUAACGUGACAUCAUCACCAAGGGGGGCGGAGCUUGAGGAAAUGGAAUUUCGACUCUGCUGCUGGUGGAGUUCCCUUUGGAUGGUUGUCUUCCUGCUGAGCAAUGUCUCCACUGCCGUGUCCUCACACACUGAAUACAGUGUGAGCAGCAGCAAAGCUUCCUUUGACCAGGCCGUGGUGAACUGCCAUCCUGGUGUUCUGCCCUCUGUGGCCUCCCAGCAAGAGCUGCAGGAAAUAUUCCAGCUUCUCAACAAGUCAAAGUCAUUUCAGGAAAAUGUCACCGUCUGGGUCGGGCUGAGGAAGCCCAAACACGAAUGUAGUACUGAUGGACAACCUCUGAGAGGAUUCAAGUGGGUCGAGAACGGUAGCCAGGAGGCCAGCGCCAUCAACUGGCUGGAGGAGCCGAAGCUCACCUGUACAGGGAUGUUAUGUGGGGCUCUGAGGCAGCAGCGUGUCCAGUCAGAACUUACUUGGGGUUUAAUUCCCACCAGCUGUAAAACCCACUACCAUUUCAUCUGCAAAGGGAGUGACGCGCAUACAGAGCUACAGCUGAAAACGAGCCCAACAACAUCAAAACCCGACUCAGCAACGUUCCAUCCUAACAUCUUGACAUCAGAGCCAGAGUCCUGUGAGCGGUCCAAAGACCCCAAGCAUCCCAGCAUUCGCUCCCUGAUGGCUGAUUCCAACGACGGCAACAAAGUCCUGGUUGAGUGUUGGUCUGCCGUGAAGUUGGACCUGUUCUGUUCAGGGUUUCCUGCUGUGUGGCGAGUGCUGGAUGGCUCCCCCGCUAAUUUCAGCAUCAUCUGCCUGAAGUGUGAAGAAGGCUUCCAGAAAAACGGUUCAGGGUUCUGUGUGGAUGUGGAUGAGUGCAGCACCGGGAAGCCCUGCCAGCACACCUGCCAGAACACCGAGGGUUCCUACAGGUGCGUCUGUGCCGAUGAGCAGGACUGUGACCAGGUGGCACCAGCUACAUCUGACAAGUCACUGUUACACAUCCUGAUCCCCGUACUGACUGUGGUUGCUGUGCUGCUGCUGAUACUGGUCAUCGUUGGCGUGGUGAAAUGCUGUUUAAAGAGGCGCAAGAAGAUGAAGACCAAACCGUAAACGACAAGGAAUCCUGCAUAGGCCACUGAAGACGUGUUGAGGAGCUUUUUGAUUUGGGGUAUUAUGUAAAAUCAACCUUUUUUUGAGCUUUUCGGCGUGUUAUGAUGUUUUUCCCUCAUCAAAAACAUACCUGGAGUGUUGCUUUGAUUCUUUCACUCAUCUUUGAGAAAUCCUUCAAUCUCCCAUGGCAACCAUUGGGGUUGUAUAAACACUUACUCUCACAAAGUGCUCCUCAGUGAAGUCACAACCCCCAACCAAGCUCCUGCUCUACAGAGUACCCUUCCCCUACUCUACUCCUCCAGACUAGUGGCAGCAGCAACUAGCAAACACCUGGUGGAACUGCUGAACUCAUCAUACGAACUACUACGUGCAACGCUACAAAGAACGAUUGUAAAUGGCACAAUGGAGGAGCAUUUUUAUGAUGACUUCUUGUAGGUUUAGUAUUGGAAAGAGCAGGAGCUUCUUAAAGAGACAGAGGCAUCAAAUUGAAAAGUUAAAUUUCUUUUUAAGUCAUAUUUGAUAUAUACAGCUUUCUGAUAACGGUUACUUGAUUGUAGUAUUGGAUGGGGAUACACUGCCCCUUCAAACCUUAAGGAAUUAUAAAAUAUAACUUUAAAACCAUCUUACCAAAUAAUUUCUCCCUCAUUGCGAUGAACUGGAAUGAUUUUAUUGUACAUUUCUCUGUAACUGAAUCUAAAAUUGGGGGAAUUAAAAAUAAAUUAGACUGAAAAUGAAUUGUUUUGAAUGGUUGUAAAA